AUGACACUUAGGGGAUGUGAGAACGGAGGCCUGGAAAAUGGAAUGCGACUCAGUGGGCUGGUCCAGCACGGAGACACAGCAAGCAAUAUGACUAAAAAGAAGCGGGAGAAUCUUGGCGUCGCUCGGGAGAUUGACGGGCUGGAGGAAAAGUUGUCUCAGUGUCGGAAGGACCUGGAGGCCGUGACCUCCCAGCUCUACAGGGCAGAGCUGAGUCCUGAGGACAGGAGGUCUCUGGAGAAGGAGAAAAACACCCUCAUGAACAAAGCCUCGAAAUAUGAGAAGGAGCUAAAGCUGCUUCGACAAGAGAACCGGAAGAACAUGCUACUCUCGGUGGCCAUCUUCAUAGUCUUCGCCCUGCUCUAUGCUUACUGGACUAUGUGAGUCAACCAUCCUCAGCCAAGCAGGCUCCCUUCUACUCCCUACCCAGGGACGGAGCAGCCUUUCAAGCUCAUGACAGAGCUGGAGGCCUUCCCCGUGGUUCCCAGCAGCUGUGGCAGAGGGGCACGGCACUCCUCCUUACUGCUUAGGAGAGAGAGAGAGAGAGAGAGAGAAGGGCAAUAAAGAGCCCACGGCGCUGCUGUCUACUGAGUAAAUAAAUACUUCCUGCUGACUAGGCGAGGGUUAGCAAGGGAGGCACUCUUGUCUCAAA